AUGUCUAGCAACCCACCCGCCGCGUCCUCGUCCAAGGCCUCUGCAUCUUCCGGCCCUGCUUCCCCUGCCCAAAACCAGACUCCGUCCCUGAGCACCAGCAGCUUCUUCGCGCAGCCGCGGGGUAGUGCAGCGCCGGCGCGAUCAGCGCCUACGCCUCGGAGCACGCAGCAGCAGAAGAAGCAGCACAAGGGCGCCAAACGCUUCAGGAACACCGACGAGGAUGCCAUUGUAGAGUCCCUCGCCAUGCGUCCAUUCAACAACCGCAAGGGCCAGACGUCCAUCACCCACCUGAUGAACUUCAGUCUGCCGCCACGGCCCACGAACAACCAGUCGCACAGCUAUGGAAGAAAUUACCGUCGCAAUCCAACCUGGGGUCUCGGGUCUGGUUACCACGCCGUCGACAAGGCAAGAUAUGUGCAUGCCAACUAUCGCUUCAUUGUAGAUCCGCGUGGCGACUACCGCGCCCAGAGUGUAGACGCAGAUAUUCAUCUGGACUGGAAUAACGUCCUCCAAAUAUUGGCGUCCGAGCUCUCACAAGAGGCCUCCUGUCCCAUUUGCCUCGGGACUCCAGUAGCCCCGCGCAUGGCCAGAUGUGGUCACAUUUUCUGUCUCCCCUGCCUCAUACGCUACAUGCAGUCCGAAGACGAUGGCAAAGCCCCGGAGAAGAGGGCGCGUUCCAAGAAGUGUCCACUAUGCUUUGACACCAUCUACGCUUCAGAGACCAGACCCGUUCGCUGGUAUACGGGGCAAGAGGGCGAGCCUCCACGAGAGGGAGGUGACGUUGUCUUGCGCUUAGUCGUCAGGCCUGCUGGUAGUACUCUGGCCAUGCCGCGCGACGGAGCCGAUGCUCUAGCCAAAGACGAAGACAUCCCCUGGUACCACGCUGCCGAAGUCACCGACUAUGCCCGUGUAAUGCGAGGUGGAGAGGAUUACAUGCUCAAGCAGCUGGAUCAAGAGAUUGUCAAGCUGGAGCAGCAGGGCAAAGAAGACGAGGUCAUGUUCGCAGAAGACAGCAUGGAGUGGACUAAGAAAGCAAUCCGAAGUAUACGUGAGGCAAAGGAAAAGCUUAAAGGAAUCGGAAAUCCCCCAGAGGAGCCAGCGAAACCGGCAGAACCAAAGAUGAAGCGAGCGCCAAUCGUUUUCGAACAAGGAGCUGCACCGGACAUGUACACGAUUCAGAACGCUUCCAAGGCAGGCCAAGACUUUACAGCAGCACAGAGUAGCACCGGGAAUGGACCUGCCCAAGACAAAGACAGGACCAUGUCUGUCUCGUCUCACUCGUCAGCUGCAGGUCACGAUAUUUCCCUCACUCUCGCGGAGCUACGCAACCGACAACAACACGAGCAUCACAAGACUCCGUCUGAAUACUUCUUUUAUCAAGCACUUCUGCAUUAUUAUUUAUCACCACUCGACAUUCGUAUUUUGAAAGCCGCUUUCGGCAAUUUUGCAUCAUUUCCUUCGACUAUUUUACCCCGCGUCGAACAUGUUUCCACAGGCCAUGUGGUCGAUGACGAGCUGAGGAAGCGCACCAAAUACCUGGCUCAUCUACCAUAUGGGUGUGAGGUUGGUUUCCUCGAAUGCGAUUGGACUGAUACCGUCGCACCCGAGAUUUUGGAGCGAUUUAGGCCUGAGAUUGAGAGAAGACGCAAGAAACAUACAGAAAAGGAGACGAAGGAGGAGAAGGCGCGACAACGCGCGGAGAAGGCCGAGUACGCCGAAUUCGCCUCGUCGCGUAGGAGGCGACCCAGCUUUACUGAAAGGUUUUCCGCCGACGAUUUCCAGCCCUUGGCCUCUGGAAGCACAUCUGAGGUGCAGCCCACCAUGGAUGGUGACCACACAUCAACAUCACCACCAUGGCCAUCACGCCGUGGUGAUGGUUUCGCUUCAUUGGCAUCUCCUUCGACUAGUCCGUCAGCGCCACGGACUGUGUGGGGUACUGCGAUGGUGGCAGGGGCAUCGCCGGUGCUUGCGCCACAGGAUCAUCAUGAUGGUGAUGAUGGCUGGCUACAGGGUUGGGAGAAGGACCUCCUUUCCGAGGAAGACAUGCUGGCCCAGGUACAGGCCAUGUCACUGGCCGAGGGGGAAGAGACGCCGAAGAAGCAGGCAGGUGGGAAGAAGAAGAAGGGAAAGAAGAUCACGUUGAUGAGCACCAAUGUGAGGAGAGGAGCAUGA